AGAGCGGGAGAUUCGAAAGUGUCCGGGUCGCGGGGUAGGUUCUCCGGUGUGCGAGCGCUCGGCGGCGCAGGCUGCGGCUCUGCCCGGGACCGCGGAGGCCGCAGCGAUCCACGGGGUCGGAUUCCGUUGGGCGGGUCCACGUGGCCGCCGAUCGGCCGUGGAGGAGAGGUGCAGGAGUGCCCCGGCCUUGGCUGCGUGCUCACUCGCUUCCUUCCAGCCGCCCAGGCUCGCACUCCCGCUGGUCUGCCUCCGUAUCUCUUGCCUUCUCUGUUGUUUUCCUCUCUGCCCAGCUCCCUCCCGCUUUUGCCCCGGAGGAUGGCUCAGAAGGAGAACGCCCACCGGUGGCCCUACGGCUCGAAGACGUCUCAGUCUGGCCUGAACACCUUGCCCCAGAGAGUCCUCCGGAAGGAGCCCGCCAUGACCUCUGCACAUGUCCUCGUGAACCAGACCAACUGCCAGUCCACAGCUGCCCCUGGCCAGAAGUUGGCUGAGAACAAGGGUCAGGGCUCCGCUGCCCCGCAAGGAUCCCAGAGCAGGCAGCCUUUCACUAUUGACAACUUUGAGAUUGGGCGUCCCUUGGGCAAAGGCAAAUUUGGAAAUGUGUACUUGGCUCGGGAGAAGCGGAGCCGCUUCAUCGUGGCGCUCAAGGUCCUCUUCAAGUCUCAGAUCACGAAGGAGGGGGUGGAGCACCAGCUUCGCAGAGAGAUUGAAAUCCAGUCGCACCUGAAACACCCCAACAUUCUUCAGCUCUACAACUACUUCUAUGACCAACAGAGGAUCUACCUGAUACUGGAGUAUGCCCCCCGGGGGGAGCUCUACAAGGAACUGCAGAAGAGCCGGGUCUUCGAUGAGCAGCGGACAGCCACGAUCAUGGAGGAACUGUCAGACGCCCUGAUAUACUGCCACAAGAAGAAGGUGAUUCACAGAGACAUAAAGCCUGAGAAUCUGCUGCUAGGUCUGCAGGGGGAGCUGAAGAUUGCAGAUUUUGGCUGGUCUGUGCAUGCGCCAUCCCUGAGGAGGAAGACCAUGUGCGGCACGCUGGACUACCUGCCCCCAGAGAUGAUUGAGGGGCGCAUGCAUAAUGAAAUGGUAGAUCUGUGGUGCAUCGGGGUGCUCUGCUAUGAACUGAUGGUGGGGAACCCACCCUUCGAGAGCCCUAGUCACAGUGAGACGUAUCGUCGGAUUGUCAAGGUGGACCUGAAGUUCCCCUCUUCUGUGCCUUCGGGGGCCCAGGACCUCAUCUCCAAGCUGCUCAAGCAUGACCCCUUGAAACGACUGCCCCUGGCAGAGGUCGCCGCUCACCCUUGGGUCAAGGCCAAUUCACGGAGAGUUCUGCCGCCCUCUGCCCUUUAGUCUGCGUCUUGAUUUUUGUCCCUGUUAUUUCUUGGUUUUCUUUGUAUGUGUCGUGAGAAGGCGAUGGCGAUUGGAAGCUAUCCCUAACUCCAGUCUGGGGAUCUGAUCCCUCUUCUCACCUCUACAGGCAAAAUUAGGCAUACAUGUGGUACACACACAUGCAAGCCAAACAUAUAAAGUUAAAAAAACAAACAAACAAACAAAUGGUGCUGGAGAGAUGCCUCAGCAAUUAAAAGUACUGGCUACUCUUCCUAGGAACCAGGAACUCAAUUCUAAAGCACUAUAUGGUGCUCACACCCAUGUCUGUAACACUCAGUUCUGGGGCAUCUGGGGCCCUUGGGCCUCUGCAGGCAUUAGGUAUGGAUGUGGUAAACAUGUUUGCAGGCAAAACACCCAUGCACAGAAUUUCAAGAAACCCUCUAGUCUGAUUCCUUUCAACUUGUCAAAUAUUGAAUGUUAUUUUAAAAAUAUUAUAAGCCAAAAAUGGCAAUUAAUAGAUUUUUUCUUUGAAAUAUGGUGUAGCCUAGUCUGUCAUAAAUUCAGAAAAAUUAUGAAGAACAAAGCAUAUUUUAUAAUAAAGUCUUAAAUGUUUCAUA